UCUACCAGACCGCCUCUAAAAUAUUUGUUUAAAUUUUCAAUGCAGUAAACUGAUUAUAUGCAUGUUUGUUGUGUUUACAGGUGUCAGCAAGAAACUGGAGACUGCGUCAAAGAAGGCUGGCUGCCAGAGCCUACAACUGUGGGUAAAAUCGGCUUCCAACCACAUGUACUGGGUUGCCGCAUCCUCUGGAGAAGACAGCGAGUUGAAGUUGGACAAGUGGAAAUCCAUCAUGAACCACAUUGCCGACAAACAUACCGGCCAUUCUGACCGCUUUCCAAAGUGUGCACACGGACCCAUUGGAGAACGAUGCUGGCUUGAAGCAGGUUCCAAGCCGUACAAAGUGAUGGAUGGAAUCAUCACAAGCUCUUACCUUCUGCGUGACAUUGGUCAGUUGUCUCCACUCUACCAGACGUACUAUCUGGAGGUGUUCCACAACGUGGUGAACCACUUUGCACCAAAGAGUAUCCACUUCUUCCACAGAGCCAUGCUUGUAAGGAUGUACCUCUCAGCACUCCAUUUCAACGAAAACAGCGACAAGCAGCAGGCCAGAACCAAAGAAGGACGACUGCAGUGGAGAGUGAACUACCCAAAAGCAAAGAAGGGAGCAACUGCGGCCGUCAAGCAAGUGAAAGUCGAGAACACAUACGGUACCUUUUUUAUUUAUUAAAAUAAAAAUUUGUAAAUAUAGUUCAGUCCUUUUUUAGAAUGAUUUUAUUACCAGUAAAUGAAAG